AUGGAUUCACCGACGGGAAUUACACCUAGCAUCGUUGCCCCUCACAAACCGGUGGACAUUCACGUUCCUCAUCCGUCAUCGGUUCUUCGCUACUCCAACACCACCAGCACCACUUCACAUCCUCUGAAAUCUUCUCUAUCGUUUUCUCUGAAUCAGGGUCCGUAUCACGGUCUCCCGUUAUUCACCCAUCCGUCGCAUCUCUUGUUAAACUCAUCGUCGGAUGAAAGCGAUACCGAUGAGGAAGAGGAUGUGUGUCUGGACGACAGCGACGACCAAAUUGACGCGAGCGAUGACGGCUCGGACACGGAGGUGGACUACGUGUAUUCCCCAUUCGGUCGUCCUCCUUCGAGAUUAGGUCAUCGCGUCUCACCCACCACGAAGAAGCAACUUUCAAACAACAGACGUAACAAGUCUCACAUCUCAAUAGAAAGGUUAAAAGUUGAUAACUCAUUCUUAAAGAAUCAAAACGCUAAACUUUUAUUAGAAAUCGAACACUCUAGAUCAACCAUUCAGGCAUUGAGAAAUAUUGUCAACCAGAAAGAUCUGGAUUUACAAAAUGUCCGCAACGAAAAUAGAUUCUUAGAAGCCUUAAUACGGAGCAAACAUGCCAAGGAUGGUAGCAUUAUAGUGAGAAGCGGUGGUGACGGUGCGGUGAAUGGAUCGGACGACAAGACGAAGGAGCCGACACGGAGCAACAAGGAAUCAUCGUCGGCUCUGAAAUGUCAACAGAAACAACCAACGAAAUCCAUUCCCGAAAGCCCACAGCCGUCAUCGUCCAAACUUUCGGCCACCAUGACAAUAGAAAAUCCAUCACUGCUUCAACACUCCCCGUCAACUGUCGACUCUCCGAAACCACCCCUGCCCCCGCUUUCGCCUAAGCGAAAGAAGCAGAGACGUUGGUCAAUGGAUUUUGGACCUCAGAAUCCUCUGACGACCGACGAAUCGUCGGACGACCAGGACGCUGACACAUCGGCGUCCUCGCGUCGUCAUCCGGCUUCAUCUACCUCCUCGUCAACGAUCUAUACCAAUGAUCGACGCUCCACGUCCUCGUCUCGCAGCGUACCUCGACUAAUUAAGCGCAAGACAGGCGACAUCAUCCAAUCGCUGGCAUCAUGUCGUCCCACUAGCACCAAGAAUGGUUACGAUUACUCACCAUCUUGUUCGCCGACGUUGGUCAGGAGCGACACGAGCGACGACGAAUACGAGGACAACCGAGAGGAGGAAGUGGAAUGCGAGGAUAUCGACGAGAAGUCGCAAAAGCAACGAAGGUUGGGACAUCGCUUGUUCGGAAAGAUAUUUUCCUCGUCCUCAUCGUCCUCGACAACGGCGGCUGCCGCACGUGGACCGUUAAGUCGCUAA